AUUGAAACUCAACCAUCACCCUCUUGGCUCACUUUCGCACUCUUCCCACAGUCUGCCUCCAAGCUUGAUCUGCUAUAAGUCCUUGUCUUUGCCCGUUCAUGCGGGCUUUGACUUCUCUUUUCAGAGUCACAGCCUUUACCCAUCCUCCUCCCUCGCUUCUAGUGAGGUCGUUCACCACAAGCAGCCCCAAGCUCCGUCGAGUGCAGGUCAAGAUCAACACCGAAAUGGCCACCUCUACUACAAAGACCGGCCAGCCUCUGGAUCGCACUGCGAUCGACACUAUACUACGUCGUCGACUUUUCUAUACCCCUUCCUUCGAAAUCUAUGGCGGAGAACGUGGUCUCUUUGACUACGGACCUCCAGGAUGCGCCCUUCAAGCAAACAUUGUGGAUACAUGGAGAAAGCACUUCGUUCUUGAGGAAGAUAUGCUCGAAGUCGACUGCACCAUGUUGACUCCCGAAGCCAUCCUUAAAACCUCCGGCCACGUCGACAAGUUUGCUGAUUGGAUGUGCAAGGAUCCCAAGAGCGGCGAAAUCUUCCGUGCCGAUCAUCUGGUCGAGCAGGUCCUCGAGGCAAGACUCAAGGCUGACAAAGACGCUCGUGGGGUCAAGGUGGAAGUUGACGAGGCAAAAGAAGCCAAGAAAAAGAAGAAGAUUACUCAAAAGGCUGAAAAACUCGACGAUGCAGUCGUUCAGGAAUAUGAAGAGACCUUGGCCAAAAUUGACAACUAUGGUGGAGACGAACUUGGACAGCUGAUCCAAAAGUUCAACAUCAAAGGUCCCACGACUGGAGCAGACCUCGACCCUCCUAAGGCCUUCAAUCUCAUGUUCCAAACACAGAUCGGCCCCAGCACCGACAAGCCUAAUGGCUAUCUCCGGCCAGAAACAGCUCAGGGACAAUUCCUCAAUUUCCAAAAGCUCCUCGAAUUCAAUCAGCAGUCCAUGCCAUUUGCCUCUGCAUCUAUUGGUAAAUCCUUCCGAAACGAGAUCUCACCCCGCUCCGGACUCCUUCGUGUUAGAGAGUUCCUCAUGGCUGAGAUUGAGCAUUUUGUUGAUCCACAGAGUGGGAAGAAACAUCCAAGAUUCGAAGAAGUGAAAGACACAAAACUUACCCUGCUGAAUCGGAAAACUCAAUUGGCUGGAAGCACGAAGGCCGAUGAGGUCUCCAUCGGAGAUGCGGUCGCUUCUGGCUUGGUUGAUAAUGAAACUCUGGGGUAUUUCAUCGCUAGAAUACAACAGUUCCUCCUCAAGAUCGGCGUGGAUAGAUCGAAAUUACGCUUCAGACAACACAUGGCGAACGAAAUGGCACAUUACGCAGCUGAUUGUUGGGAUGCUGAACUCUUCACCACUUACGGAUGGAUUGAAUGCGUCGGAUGUGCGGACCGAAGUGCAUACGACUUGACGGUUCACAAAGAGAAAACUGGCGCCCCACUAGUGGUUCGCGAGACAAGAAGCGAACCACUCGUCAUCGAAGAGUACGAGAUCGACCUUGAACGCAAGAAGCUUGGCCCCAAAUUCCGUAAAGACGCCAAAGCCGUCGAGACAGCUGUUGAGGCUCUCACCCAAGAUCUCCGAGAGAAGCUCUCUUUGACACUUGAAAAGGAUGGCAAGAUUGAAAUCGCUACUCCUGGUGUCGGUAACGGAACCACAGAACUCGACAAAGAGCUUAUCAAGAUCGAGAAGCGAAAACGAACCGAAUGGAUCAGGGAAUACACACCUAACGUCAUCGAGCCCUCUUUCGGUAUCGGACGCAUUCUAUACAGCUUGAUGGAGCAUGUGUUCUGGACCAGAGAAGGAGAUGGCUCUCGCGGAGUCUUGUCGUUCCCUCCCGCCAUUGCUCCAACCAAGGUCUUGCUUGUGCCUUUGUCAAGCAAUGCCGACUUUGCUCCUUUCAUCAAGCGUAUCUCCUUGAGACUGCGACGGGUCGGAGUUUCCAACAAAGUUGAUGAUUCCUCUGCCAGCAUUGGCAAACGCUACUCACGAAACGAUGAACUUGGAACACCCUUCGGCAUCACCAUCGACUUCCAGACCGUUAAAGACGACACAAUCACACUUCGUGAUCGUGACUCGACCACCCAAGUCCGUGCAAGUGAAGAUGAUAUCAUUGCCGCCAUCAAGAACUUGGUUGACGGAGAGGAAACCUGGGAAGACGUCCAAAAGAGACUCCCUGCUUUUGAAGGACAAGAGGUAGACUAGAGGAAAAGCCAAUCAACAUUGGACAAGGAAGAGCAAGGGUAUGGUUGUCAGCGAUAAGGGUUGUGUUAUUUUGGUUUGAUCUGUUGCGAGGAUGAUACCCGACCUUUGAUGGUGCGAUCUACUUUUUCUGUGUAUGAAAAGUCUAGUUGAGCACCUCGGAUGACGGCCAGAGCACCGUGGCGGGAAACAGCUGGGCCGUGUACCAAUACUAUAGAGUCACGUAUUAUAUUAAAUGGGGAGAUGAUGAUUUACGAGGCAAAGUGUAAGGUAUCUAUGUUUGUUGCGAGUGAUAAGUGUCUUAGACGUGUAGAAUCUAGAAUAC